GAAGAUGACUUUGACGACGAUGACGAGCUAGCAAAGAUCAGAGAGCGAAGAAUGCAGGAGAUUAAAGACAGAAUGAAAGCAAUAGAUCAGUUAAAGAACAGCAAUGCAGAGUAUAAAGAAGUGAUGGAGAAUGACUUCCUGAAAGAGGUCACUGGUACAACCAACGUCGUCGCUCACUUCUUUCACAAUGAGUUCCAAAGAUGCAAGAUUGUCGAUAAGCACAUGGAGAUCUUGACAAAGGUACAUAUCAAUACAAAGUUCAUCAAGAUCAAUGCAGAGAAGGCACCAUUCUUUGUUAAUAAGCUGGCGAUUAGAGUGUUGCCAACAAUGGUGGCGUUUCACAAUGGUGUAGUAGUGGACCGUAUCGUUGGCUUUGACGAACUGGGUGGCGUCGAUGACUUUAAGACAGAAGCAUUGGCCAGACGACUGGGACAGGCAGGUGUGCUCGAGCUAAAGACCUCGUCCAACCUGACCGUAAUAUCAAAGAGCGAUAAACAAUCAAGUAGAAUGAAGAAUGAGGAUGAU